CAUGUCAAUCAUCAAAACACCCUCUUCACAAAUCCUCUCCAAAGAAUAAUUGCAUUAUUUCCUACGCUUUACUAACGCAAACACCAAAAACAUAUACAUCCUACAUACAAAACUCUUAAAAAUCAAUCAAUGGAGGGAAAGAAUAACAUGGGAAUUAAAAAUAGAAAGCCUUUGAAGGCAAUUAAGAAGAACAAGAUUAUUAGGAAGAAGAACAAGAGAUUUAGCAUUACUUUACAUGAAAUUGUUGAUUAUCUCAACUCUAAUUCUUAUUUUUAUUCCCACAUUAUAUCAUGUCCUGCCCCGCCACCUGCUUCCUCUGAUUUUGGAUUGGAUAUAGGCAAUAAAGCCAUUUUGAGUAAUAAGGACAAAGUAUUCAAGCAUAAGCUGAUGGAUUACCUAAAAUCUGAUACGUACAUGUAUGCUCCGCUUGAACGUACUCAAUAUCACGAUGAUAUUGCUGUAAAAACCGUCGUUUCUCCUACUCGAGAAAAGGAAUUGCAGUUCAUAAGGGUAAGCGGUACAGUUUUAUCAAGUAAAAGUGCCUGGCAGAACAAAAUAGUACCUGAAAAUCCAGUGAUUGAAAAGCGGCCAGGGGAUCAGUUUUCGAAGGAUGUUGCACGUAAGGCGACUGUUAUAUCUCCUCAAACCCCAGUACUUCAGGAGCAAAAGAAGCAGGCAGUUCGCCGGAGCAAUCGGAAAUCAACAUAUUCAGGUUAGGAAGCAAUGUAAUACGAAGUCAAAAAGCUCUUAUCUUCAUGAUCCACACUUAUUAACUGUUGCAAUGUUUAAAACUACUCAUUUUAGAUAGUAUUGAAUAGUAUUGUGUAGUCUAUUCAAAGUAAAUACGAAGUAUCUUGUAAACACUAGUAAGGGAAAAUGUUGUAAAGCUUCCCGUCCCAUACCAAAAAAGCUCAAAUACGGAGUAGUAUUUUGUCAUUAGUCUACACGAAGUCAUCGAUAUACUAAUACCAACCAAAAUAUCGGUCAAAUCAUUGAAAUUUAAUUCGAGGUUGGUCGCUGUUUAGCUAAUAGCUUAAGCUUAAUUUCCAUCUUGAAAUGAAAGCUAAUGAAAAAUAUAAGCAAAGAUGUACACAAGUGUUUUAUAAGGUAUCUUGGAUACGUCCCCUCAAAUGUAAUUUAUUAAAUUAAAUUUAACAAUUACAAUGUAAUAAAUCUCUCUUUAUCUUGAGAGCAAUUUCU